AUGGCACCCCGAAAGUGCAAAGCGCCAUCUUCGGCGAAUGCAGCUUUCGCACAAGAGAUUCGCGACGAGAGGGCCCGUCGGAGGGACGUGAUUCGGGAUCCAAGUUCACUCGAUCGACUCACUGAGCUCAACUCCAUUGAGUCACCUCUUCUACGCCUGCCAGCCGAGAUUAAGAUCAUGAUCUUCACCUACAUCUUCAGCGGCAACGAAUACAUUUUCCGUGGACGUCAGGGUAACCUUGUCUCCUGUGCAGGAUCAUUUACGCAAAUGGACAUGGGUCUUCUCUUGGUCUCACGUCAAGCCUACGCUGACACCGCUCUGCUCCCAUAUAAGCUCGGCAGGAUCUAUUUCCUUUUCGCUGGAAGCUACCACUGGAGUCAAUGCAGUCAAAGCAUUGAAAAUUUCCUGAAGAAGAGAUCGGCUGAACAAAUCAAGGCGAUCGUCAGUCUACGGGCUUCUGGGGCAGGGGAGAAGACUGGGGUAUGGUGGGCCAACAAACUAGCACAACGCACCAAGCUGUCACAAAAGCGCUCAACAAUGCCUUCUCGUCUGAACGGCCAGCCCCCAGCAAAGAAGCGGCGCUUUGAGGGUGCUGAAGAGAGGGCAGCGAUCCGACGUCUCCGCGAGCAAGCUCCUCGCGACAAGAUGUAA